AAUUGCCGCCAUAAUGCCGUGCCAGACAAACCUACAUCGCCCAACCGAGCAUGAAAGCGCCAAAAAUUUCACACCCUUCCUAAAAAAUUAAAACGAGCUUAACGCUGUCAUUGUUCAUAAAGCACACAAGUCACAUGUGGAUAUCUCUGGUCACAUGCUACUCAUCAUAAUUCCUUAUCCACUCUACACUCUACGGUGAAGAUAGGGAUACAGCUCCUAAAGGUGACAUACACAUCUCCUAAAAUCCUCCAAUGAUACAAAUUCAAAUUAAAGCUUCCGUAUAAUCUCAAGCUUUUUUAUAUGUUUUGUGUUUAAAAUUUUUAAACCUUCAAUUCGAGCUCCUAAAGCUUCCACACAGGCUCUCUCAGUCUCUAAGGAAGCCAAACAGUCACAAACUUUAGUGCCCUAGCACAGUACCGAGUUUGUGUAAAGAUAAAAAAUUUUCUUUUGAAUUCAAAACAAUUUUUUUCUUCAAAAUUUUUAAGCACAUAAAAUUCUGAUACAAGGGGUUUAUUACUAUUAAAAAAUCAGUGACAUAAGGUAGAAAUCAUAGAUAUCUAUGACAAGUCAGUGAUUAUAUUAUUUGUAAACAAUUUGUAAUAUUUUAAAACUCGCACGUUUUAUAUGACCAGUUAUUUGAAAACAUGAGAUCAUCUUCCGAAAAUUUAGUAAGACAGAAAAAUCCCAGAGCAGGUGCAAACUUCCUAUCAGUUAUUACAUUUUGGUAUACAAUAAAAACAUUUUAUAAAGGUAGAAAAAAAGAUCUAGAAGAUGAAGAUUUGCCAGAAUGCCUUGAUGAACAUAGUUCCGAAUCACUAGGUGCAAAAAUUGCAAUUAAUUGGUCAAAGGAAUAUGAUAAAGCCUUAAAGGAAAAGAGAACACCAAGUCUGACAAAAGUUAUCUUUAAAACAUUCCGUUGUGAUUUUCUGAAAUAUGGGGUAGUAGUUGUGAUUAUGGAAAUGUGUGUAAGAAUGGUUCAACCUCUUUUUAUUGCACUUUUCAUUAGAUAUUUUAAUGCUGAAAACAGGAACAGUAACCAACCUGUACAACCACCUAUGUAUUUUAAUCGUUUGCUUACAUUUGGGUCACCACAAGGUCCAAUACAAAGAACAGAAGCAUACUUUUUUGCUGCUGGGAUCAUUAUCUGUAGUUGUAUAAUCGUAAUGAUAACCCACCCAUUUUUGAUGGCUAGCUUACAUUUCGGGAUGAAAAUACGUGUUGCUACUUGUGCUCUUAUGUACAGAAAGGCACUAAGAAUUAAAUUAACUUGUCUAGAUGGACAACUCGUAGGAAAUGCAAUAAAUUUGAUGUCAAAUGAUGUGAAUCGUUUUGACAAUGCAGUAUUAUUUUUUCAUUAUUUGUGGAUUGCUCCAAUUCAAACAUGUUUUGUUGCAUAUUGUAUGUACCAUGAGGUGUCAAUGUCUGCAGUGUUUGGCUUAAUUGCCAUUGUGGUUUUCAUCCCUCUUCAAGUAAUCCUUGGAUUACGUACCUCCACUCUUCGUACAAAAGCUGCUAGAAGAACUGAUGAUAGGGUUAGAGAGAUGCAUGAAAUAAUCCAAUCGAUGCAAGUUAUUAAGAUGUAUGCUUGGGAAAAAACUUUUGCGAAUCUCAUAAGUAAAUUAAGAAAAAGCGAGUUGAAUUUAAUACUCCAGAGCUCUUACAUAAAGGGCCUAAUAAUGUCUUUCAUAAUGUUUACUUCAAGAUCUGGUAUAUUUUUGACUGUACUUUCUUACGUGUUGCUGGGUAAUGAAAUAACAGCAGAAAAAGUAUUUAUCAUAACUUCUUAUUAUAUGAUUAUAAGACAGACUAUGACUGUGUACUUUUCACAGGGUGUCGUUUUGUUGGCAGAAGCGACCGUUUCUAUAAAAAGAAUUUUACGGUUCCUGUUGAUAGAAGAGGCUGGCAUUGGCGACCCCAGUCUUUUAGAUCCUUAUUGGCUUAACAAACCAGCUGGUGAACAGACUUUUCAACCAAGACCAAUCUUGCCGUUAUAUGAAACUCCCAGAGUUACAAUAGUACACGGCAUAGUUAAGUACGGUCAAAAUGUGUGCUUGGAAGACAUUAAUAUGGAAGCCUGGCCUUGGAAGAUAACUGCUAUUGUUGGUCCCGUUGGAGCUGGGAAAAGUUGCCUCAUUAAACUGAUUCUUGGGGAGUUAACCUUGUUUAGUGGCAAACUUACAGUCAUGGGUUCCGUGUCCUAUGCAUGCCAAGAUCCAUGGCUAUUCGUAGGUUCCGUACGUCAAAACAUCCUCUUUGGACACGAAAUGGAAAUCACCCGAUAUCGUGAAGUGAUAAAGGCAUGUGCUUUGAGUAGAGACUUUUCACUACUCCCUUAUGGUGACAGAACUAUUGUUGGUGAGAGAGGCAUUUCCCUCAGUGGCGGGCAGAGAGCAAGAAUUAAUUUAGCUCGUGCCAUUUAUAAAAAAGCCGACAUUUAUCUGUUAGACGAUCCGCUGUCUGCAGUGGAUAUUCAUGUCGGUCAACAGCUGUUUGAGGAAUGUAUAUCAAAGUUCCUUCACAGUAAAAUAGUUAUACUCGUCACUCAUCAGCUGCAAUACUUACGGAGAGCAGAUCAAAUAAUUGUUUUGCAUGAGGGACUAAUUCAAGGCAAAGGUGCCUAUGAUAGUUUAAAAAGUAGCGGAUUGAAUUUUGUCUCAUUGUUAGAAGACCAGACAGAAACCCAGCCAGAGGAGGAGAAAGACGUCGAGAAGAUUUUAAGACAUGUUUCUUGUACCAGUGCUGCUCUCAGCACUACUAUCGACAUAGAGGGACAAAUGUUUCACCCUAGAGUUCCACCUGAAAUGAGAACUGUCGGUGUUGUAGACUUUGAGAAUUACAAACAAUUCUUUUUAGCUGGCACUAAUUGCUGUGGUAUUUUAUUUUUAAUCUUAUUUUUCCUUGCUGCACAAGUAUUUGCAAGUGGCGGUGACUUUUUUUUAUCAAAAUGGAUUAUUUUAGAGGAGUUAAGGUUUCAUUAUGGCACAGCAGCAUCUAUGGGAUUCUAUAACCAACUGACCACCCAUGACUGUAUUAUGAUUUAUACGAUAAUUAUCAUAGCUACAAUGCUAGUAGCUCUCAUUCGAUCAGUUCUGUUCUUUAGGAUGUGCAUAAAAUCUUCUAUGGGGUUACACAAUCGCAUGUUUGUUAGUAUCAUACACGCCUCUAUGGCUUUCUUCAACCUAAACUCAUCUGGACGUAUACUUAAUAGAUUUUCUAGAGAUUUGGGCGAUGUUGAUGAGUUGUUACCUAGUGCAUUAAUAGAUACAGUGCAGUUGUUGUUAAAUUUAGUCGGUGUCGUAGUGAUUCUGGCUAUCAUAGAACCUUAUUUCCUGAUAAUAGAUUUUGUUGUUGUAUUUAUAUUGUACUUCCUGCGUAAUAUAUUCAUCAGAACUAGUCGAAGUGUCAAAAGAUUAGACGGGAUAUGUAGAAGUCCAGUAUUUAGUCAUCUCAAUGCCACAUUAGCAGGUCUUCCCACAAUUAGGUCCAAUGAUGCUGAAAAAGAACUUGUCAAAGAAUUUGAUAAGUUGCUAAAUAUACAAAGUAGCGCCUGGUUUAUGUUCCUGUAUACCUCGAGAGCUUUUGCUCUCUGGGUGGAUUUAGUUUGCACCUUGUACAUUGCGUUAGUGACCCUUGCCAUACUAUUUACAGAUGCUUAUGAUGGAAGCACUGUAGGCCUGGCCAUAACUCAGUGCAUGGGACUCAGUGGUUUGGUUCAGUGGGGCAUGAGGCAAUCCGCUGAACUAGAAAAUCUGAUGACAGCCGUUGAGAGGAUACUGGAAUUUACCAGAGUUGAACAUGAACCUGACUUAGAAUCCAAACCAGAUAAAAAACCACCUACAACGUGGCCAAGAAAUGGGAAGAUCGAAUUCAUUGAAACUACCAUGAGAUAUAAUCCUUUGGAACCACCAGUUUUAAAGAGUUUAAACCUCCUCAUUAAACCAAAAGAAAAAAUUGGUAUUGUUGGGCGAACUGGGGCAGGCAAAUCAUCGCUGAUAGCAACACUGUUUAGACUGUCACCGUAUGAAGGUCAAAUUUUAAUUGAUAACUUAGAUAUCAGCGUACUUGGCUUGCACGAUUUGAGAAGGAAGAUUUCCAUAAUACCGCAGGAGCCCGUAUUGUUUUCUGGAACUCUCAGGUAUAACCUUGAUCCGUUUGAUGAAUAUAAUGACGAAGCUAUUCUGUCCGCCUUACUUGACGUUGAGUUAAGAAAUGCAAUGCUUCACGGACGUGAAUGCCUAAAUCACAUAAUGGUCGAAGGUGGUGCCAACUUUAGUGUAGGACAGCGACAAAUGGUGUGCUUAGCUAGGGCUAUAUUAAGAAACAAUAUUAUUCUUGUUAUGGACGAGGCAACUGCAAACGUUGAUGCAGCAACAGAUAAAUUUAUUCAGGCUACUAUAAGGACAAAAUUCGCAAAUUGCACAGUGCUUACUAUCGCUCAUCGAUUGCAUACUGUUAUGGAUUCAGACAGAGUGCUGGUUAUGAGUGCUGGUAUAGCUGUGGAAUUUGAUCAUCCACACUUACUUCUGCAAAAGAGGAACGGUUAUCUAUACGAGAUGGUAAAUAGAACUGGACCGGGCAUAGCAGAAGCACUGAUAAGAGUGGCCAAAGAGAGUUAUCAAACGAGACAAACAAAUCUAUCGACUUCAUAUGCAGAAUGAAAAAAAUAAAAUAUUUUGUGAUCUGAGUAAAAAGUAAACUUUUAUUUUCA